GCCUUGGUGAAAAUCAGUGUUUUCAAUUUGGAUUUUAAAUUCAUGUUCUUUUUUUUUUUGGUAAAAUAGUGAGAAAAUGUCAACUUCAAAACAAGCAGUUAAUGAGACUGCAAAAUGGAGCCAAGCAAAUGUAGACACCCUUAUUGUUCUGAUGGUAGAGGAAGUUAAGAAAGGAAAUAGGACUACUUCGACUUUUAAUAAAGCUGGUUGGAACAACAUUGCCAAUAACUUCAAAGAAAAAACUGGGGUCAACUAUGCCAUUGUACAGUUGAAGAACAAAGUGAACAAACUGAGGCAGGAUUAUAGUCAGUUUAAGAAGCUAUUGGAGACAACUGGUUUUGGUUGGGAUACUGCUUCAAGAACUUGUACUGUUGAUGAUGAAUCCAUCUGGGAAUCGCAUAUUAAGGAUAACCCUACUUGGGCACGAUUUAAGAAGCACGGACUACCACAAUGGCCAGAACUAUGUAUGGUAUUUGGUGAUACAUAUGCAGAUGGCAAAGGAAGUGGGACUCAAACAACCGUGUUGGAAACUAUGGGGGCCGAUGAUUCUAGGAAUAUGAUUGAGUCUUGUGAUGAGUCAAGUUCCGCUGAUGAAGUUACUCCAUUAGGUGACACUCAAACUGAAGCAGUGGAAAAUAGGCCAGCUACUAAGCAUAGGCAUGAUAGGACUCCAAAUGCGAAAAGGAGGAGGAGCAAUUCUAAUGAUUGGUCAAUGGCAUGCAAGGCAAUUCAAGAUAUGAGUAAAUCAAGGGUAGAACGAGAUGCAAGCAUGUCCAUUGCUUUAACCCAAAAUGCGGAACAGAUGUACGGGAUUACUAGGGCCAUGGAGGUGCUUGAGUCAGGAUAUGAGUUAGAUGAAGCACUAUACGAGAAAGCACUUUGGAAGUUAAUGGUUGACCCGUAA